AUGAAAUCCUUUGUUAAAUAUUGUAAUGUGUCAAGAUUCCCUUUUUAUUGUUGCAAGCCUGUGAUCGCUGCCGUGCAUGGAGUGUGUUUUGGCGGUGGAAUCGACAUCAUUUCGGCAUGCGACAUUCGUCAUUGCACACAAGAUGCAUUAUUUUCCGUAAAAGAAGUGGACGUGGGCCUGGCUGCUGAUGUGGGCAGUUUGAACCGGCUCCCGAAAAUAUGUGGCAAUGAGAGUUGGCUGAAGGAGGUUGCUCUCACAGCUCGGAAUUUUGGCGCUGAUGAGGCCUUGAAGUUUGAUCUGGUUAGUCAUGUAUAUGCCACACAAGAAGAAAUGGUAAAGGGAGUAUUAGAUACUGCUAAAAAGAUUGCUGAAAAAAGUCCAGUGGCCGUACAAGGUACAAAGAUAGUGUUGAACUACUCACGUGACCACACAGUCGAAGAAGGUUUACAAUUUGUGGCUACCUGGAAUCAAUCUCAGUUAAUGACAGAGGACAUUCCAAAGAGCGGGCUAGCGGUCAUGACCAAAUCCCCUAUGCCACCUUUCGCAAAGAUAUGA